GUUCCCUACCUGUGCCCUCUUGCAGCCCAUUUUUUAUUCAGACCCUGCUUACUAGUCACUAGAACAGGAACCAGGGGUGAGAACUAUUUUCAGUCAGUGACUGUGGCAGGGGCCAGGGCUGAGCCAUUACUGACAGGGGCCAGGGCUGAGCCAUUACUGACAGGCGCUGCUGCACAGUGUGUGCUGAGUUUCCUGUCACUUCUGUGCAUUUGCCUGCCUUACCUGGCCACAGAAGGGAGUGGUUUAGCUCUGUGUUGCUCUAAGAAACCCGGAAGAAGCAAUACACUGCGUUUGUAAGAGAGGCACUUGAGGAAGAGAGAACUAUUUUCUACUUCACUCGCCCAGCAACUGCGAUUUGUAAAUUUCUAGAGCACGAUAAGCAGCGUGGGACUUACACAGGCAAUAUGUAAACUUCCCUACACUGCACUUUCAUUUUGCCUUAACAUUGAGCUGAAAGGGAUGGCAAGAAGAGUCGGAAAAUGGGCAAGCCGGUCUCUGUGUGGGAUACAGUUGCUUGCCCUGUCUCUCCAGUUAUGGCUGGCAGUGCAAGGUUAUCCACGGGUCUGCAAGGGUGAUGUGAAUGAAACAAUCACUUUGUCCUGUAACAACAUCACAGAACCUACAGCAUGGUUUAAAGACAACAGGUCUGACCCAGUACUAGCAUGUGGCAGUGAUAGCUCAGAUGGUCACUUCUCCAGAGUUGAUGAGUCUUCCCUUGUGAUAACAAUGCUGCAAAUACAGGAUGAAGGGAAUUACUCAUGUAGUAAAUGCUCGGAGGAUAAAAGCUCUCAGGACCACAUACAGCUCAGAGUUUCUAGUGGCCCAUAUAAUGUGCUUGCUGCCAUUUCCCCUACCAGGACUCUACCAAAUGGUACACUUUACACCUUCACAGGCUCUAAUCUUUCCUUUGGAUGCUCCAGCAGCUCUUACCCAGCACCAGAUCUAGAGAUUGUGCUGGAAAGGACAGAUGCAAGACCAGAACUGUUUAGUUCCAGUAAAGGGAAAAACUUCCUUUAUUUUAAUUUAAGCAAUGUGGCUUCUAAUUAUCAAGGAAACUAUACAUGUUCAUCAGUAAACCCUCUCUCUGGACAAACGGAGCGCUCUACCCAUCAGCUUUUGGUUUACCGUCCACCAAUUUCUCCUGUCAAAUGCUAUGCAGAUAAUUCAAUGGGAUUCUCUAAGAUGCAGCUCUCAUGCAGUUGGUCAGGAGGAUACCCAGAUCCAUUACUGCAGUGGGAACAAGAUGGCAAAAUAUUAGCCAAUGGAAGUUUUGUUGCUAACACUACAGACACAUUGGUGGCAUAUGUUAACCGUUCCAAUCUGAGUGCCCGUCAGCAGUUUCAGUGUAGUGGCAGGCAUCUCACAAGCAAAGAGAAAAGUGUGAAUACGUGUUGGCUUCAAAUAGAUUUUCCUUUGUUGGAGUCUCAGCCUAUGCGGACUUGUUUCAUAGGAGAGAAUGUGACCUUGUCCUGUUCUGUAUCUGGUGCCGUUCCACCUGCUACAAUCACUUGGUUACGCAACAUAAGCAACCCUGAAUCUGAAAUACAGCCUGGGAAAAAAUACCUAAUCUCUCAGAAGGACUCUUUCUCUUACCUUACUAUAUUGAACUGCUCCCAUGAAGAGGAUGAGGGAUACUAUACCUGCAAAGCAGAGAAUGCCUUGGGCAUAAAAGAGAUUAAUGUAUGGUUGACAGUGGACAAGCCACAUAAUAUUAUUGGACUGGUGACUGCUUUGCUGCUUCUGUUUUUACUGGUGGUGGCCAUUAUCACGGGCACAGUUUUGUACUGUGAUCCUCAGAUAUAUCUGAAAGCAAAUCCCUUUAGAUCUGGAGCCACUGAUAUGUUGGUGUUGGUAGAAUCUGAAGACGAAAUGAAUGAAGAAGUAUUUGAUACUGUUGAAAGUGUGCAGUACACAGACACAGUUACCAGCGAUCCUCCUGCUGCAAAUGGACAUGUACCAGCUCUGAUCUGUUCAGCGAGGUUGAAGAAACAGAAGAAGAAAAUCAAAAAGAGGAGAUUUAAUGAUGAAGAUCUGUUCCCUAACAGGCAGGAUUUAGCCUACUCUCUAGGGUACUCCUUUCAUUGACUGAAAACCUCCACUAUAAUCUCUGAUUUGUUUUACUGAUCCAGGCCUCCAGCUAUUACAGCCAGGGCUCCAGUCACCUUUACACUACCAGAGAGGGAAGCAGUGCACAGCUGGAGCACCAAGAGGGUGCUAGGCCGGCUAACCACUUUUCUUUUUAUUUCCUCCUAAGGAGGAUGAUUGCUGUAAUUUUAUUGCUUAUCUGAUUGUAUUGCAGUCCAUACCUAGAAGCUGUGCUUCUAGGAAUUAAGCUUUAUUUUGAUCUUGUAUUGGGACACUUUUUAUUCUGCUAUUCUAUUUUGACUUUUAAACCUUUUUAAUUACAUUGCAAAGUAAACAAUAUCUGUUUGAGCUGCAUUCCAUACUAGGAUUCUCAAACCGUGUCCCUGCAGCUCGCAGAAUCUCUCUACUGAUUGGGAUGUAACUUAAAAACAGCAAGAGAAGAGCUAUUUGGUUGUGACUUCUCUCUGAUACGUUUCAUCUUUUUGCAGUAAAAAUGCCUUCUCCCUUCUGAAUUGGGGGCAAACAUACUUCAGAAAUCAAGUUUAGACAAAAUGUAAAAAAUCUUUCAGCUUUACAUUAUUAUUUAAGUAAAUAAUGCAUGAAUGUUUAAUUUUGCCACUCAAGUGCCUACCUAUUGCAGGGACAUGCAACCUCCAGGUUUUUAAAACCUCCGGAAAAUACAAUUUCCAGAAUCCAUUUUUAUACUAAGCUGGUGAGGUGCUG